AUGCCUGGAUUCAAACAAGAUCACCACAGCCUGCACCUCACCAUUCUGGGCAUUUCUGUGAUUGUGAUGACAUGGCAGACAUGGCCAACGGAGCGUGAUCGUUGUGACGACAUGAUGGAGCGGGGAACGGGGGAUGAUGCUGAGCAGCUCGCGCCUCAGGGUGUCCAGGCUCAGGAUGCUCGGGCAGGUCGGGGUGCUCAAGCUCAGGGUGCUCAGCUCGUGCGUGGCCUGGACUCUGAUGUGUGUGAGUCUUCGUGUGAGCUGGCCGCUGGCCGCUCCACACUGCCUUUUCGCACAGAGUACUUCGUGGUAUGGGCGCAGUGA